AUUUACUCGAGCGUUGAGGGGAGUUUUGUGAAAAAGUCACAAACAAGGUUGAAAUGAUAUCGUCAACGGAGUUGCUCGUAUUCGUAUUGUUGGUGGACAGUGCAUUUUGCGCGAUCGGUCUGAGAUGCGACAUGAUUCCAGAAGGUGUCACUUCUCCUCGAUACAAAGAAGACCUCGGCCGAUACAAGAUUGAUAUAUCCGGUGAUCCAGAUUCGUACGUGCCCGGAGAACAAUACACAGUUUUCAUAAGAAGUGAAGGAAGUUCUAACGACCAACAACAUAAGUUCACUCACUUCAUACUGUCUAUCGUGAACGAAAAAUUCGAGCAGGACAUCGAAUCUGAAUCAUCUGUGAUUGGAGCUCUGCAACUCUAUGGCGACAGUUUCACCAAGUUCAGCGACAGCUGCCAGAAUGCCGUCGUUCAAGCAGAUUCUCAGCCGAAAACAGAAAUUCAGGUCAGUCAUCUUCGAACUCAGCUGAUGCAGUACUUCAGUAGUGUACCUAUGCCGCUUCUAGACCAUUUUAUCCCCACCUCUUUCAUGGUAAAUGAACUAGUGCGACGAGUGCCUAAAGUUUCCGAACCAUUCCCAAACCGCAUUGCCAGAUUGGUCACAGUGAAUCACGUGGUACAAUAUGGACGCAUGCGCAUUCGCUCGUAG